ACUACUUAUCCGGUUUCCUGUUCUAGGGAUGAAGACUGGAAUGAAUUCAAUGAUAUUAAUAAGAUCAUCAUCCGUCAGCCUAUUCGUACUGAAUACAAGAUUGCUUUUCCUUACCUGUAUAACAACCUUCCACACCAUGUCCACCUGACCUGGUACCACACUCCUAAUGUUGUAUUCAUCAAGACUGAGGAUCCUGAUUUGCCAGCUUUCUACUUUGAUCCUCUGAUCAACCCAAUCUCUCAUAGACACUCAGUCAAGAGCCAGGAACCAUUGCCUGAUGAUGAUGAGGAAUUUGAACUCCCUGAGUUUGUGGAGCCCUUUCUGAAGGACACACCCCUCUAUACAGACAAUACAGCCAAUGGCAUUGCCCUGCUCUGGGCACCACGGCCCUUUAACCUACGCUCUGGUCGUACCCGCCGGGCCCUGGACAUACCUCUUGUCAAGAACUGGUAUCGGGAGCAUUGUCCUGCUGGGCAGCCUGUGAAGGUGCGAGUCUCCUAUCAGAAGCUGCUUAAGUACUAUGUGCUGAAUGCCCUCAAGCAUCGGCCUCCUAAAGCCCAAAAGAAGAGGUAUCUGUUCCGCUCAUUCAAAGCUACCAAAUUCUUUCAGUCCACAAAGCUAGACUGGGUGGAGGUGGGGCUGCAGGUCUGCCGCCAGGGCUACAACAUGCUCAACCUUCUCAUUCACCGGAAGAACCUCAACUACCUGCACUUGGACUAUAACUUCAACCUGAAGCCUGUCAAGACGCUCACUACCAAGGAAAGAAAAAAAUCUCGUUUUGGGAAUGCGUUCCAUCUGUGUCGGGAAGUACUGCGGUUAACUAAGCUGGUUGUGGAUAGUCAUGUGCAGUACCGCUUGGGCAAUGUGGAUGCCUUCCAGCUGGCAGAUGGAUUGCAGUAUAUAUUUGCCCACGUGGGGCAGUUAACCGGCAUGUAUCGAUACAAAUAUAAACUGAUGAGGCAGAUCCGCAUGUGCAAGGACUUGAAGCAUCUCAUCUAUUACCGAUUCAAUACGGGCCCUGUAGGGAAAGGCCCUGGCUGUGGUUUCUGGGCUGCUGGCUGGCGAGUCUGGCUGUUCUUCAUGCGUGGAAUUACACCUUUGCUAGAGCGAUGGCUGGGCAACCUCCUGGCCCGACAGUUUGAAGGUAAGUGAUUUUCUCUACUCACC